CAAAAAUCCUUCUUUUCAGAAUACCAAACUCUCAAAAAUGUCUUCCGCCAAAAUUCUAGAAGACAACGGUUCGUCAUCAGGGUCUCUGAGAUCAGAAGAUACAGAUUCGACUCCAGAAAGUGCCACAGACUCACUAAAUAGUUUGUUCAAGACCAAAGACAAUGUAUGUGUUGAAAACUGCAUUGAAAAGGCUGAGUGCGAGAGUGGGAGAAAGAGGGGAGUUUGUUGCAGUCCAAUAGUACAAUGUGUAUGGGGAGUCCUGAUGAUACUCCUGUCGAUAGGCAGCUUUAUCUUCACGCCUUUAGACUUCAUGCUGCUUGAGAAACUGAAUAUGAGGCCUGGCAUGCCACCAUACGACUGGUGGUCGGACCCGCCCGAUGAGGUCAAGCUGAAGGCGUAUGUAUUCAACGUGACCAACCACGAGAGGUUCUUGCUAGGGUUGGACGAUAAACUCAAUGUGGAGGAGAUUGGACCUGUGGUUUAUUUAGAGAAGCUGCUACAUUCAAACGUGCACUUCAACGAGAACAGCACGAUGACGUACACGGCGCGACGGUUCCCGAUAUUCCUGCCGGAGCACAACACUGUCGAUCUUAACGCCACCAUUAUAGUGCCCAAUGUCGCUGUACUGGGUAUAUUCUCCUACCUCCACGACGCGAACUACUUCGUGAAGACCUUACUUCGAUCCCUGGUGACGAUGUACAAUCGAGAACCCUUCGUCAAGAAGACUAUUUACGAACACCUGUGGAACUUCACCGAUCCUGUGUUGGAUAUGUCCAAGAACUUGGCUCCGGGGCUGGUGCCGGUCAAUAAUGCUGGUAUGCUGGCUAGAAUUUACGCCGACUUCACAGACGAGAUGACAGUUAAAAUAGGUCCCCAGUGGGGUCACAAGGAGUUCUUCCAGAUCGACCGCUUCAGGGGAGAACCACAGCUCCCUGGAUUCGAUCCUGAUGUAUGUCCGGACCGCAUCUUCGGUUCUACAGAAGGCGUGAUGUACGCUCAACGCCUGACCAAGCAAGAUGUUCUCAAAUAUUGGAGAAAAACCGUCUGCAAGCUGAUGCCGCUGUAUUUUGAUAGUGAGCUGACGAUGCACAACGUUCCCCUAUACAGGUAUAACCUGUCAGAAAAUGUCUUCGACCGCGUGACGAACGGUACUGACUGCUAUGAUACCGUACCGAGCCUACACCAAGGGUUAAGCGAUGCUUCCAAGUGUUAUUUUGAUUUCCCAAUGGUGGUAUCGUUCCCCCACUUCUAUACGGGGGGAGUUCCUAAAGACCAGUUUGUGACCGGUCUCAAACCUGACAGGCUGAAACAUAACUCAUUUGUUAUCUUGGAACCCUACACAGGGACGCCAUUCGAAGCAGUAGCCAGGAUGCAGAGUAAUUUAAGAGUCCACGACCUUUCGGGCUUCGAUGAGAAGUUUGCAAAGCUCUCCAAUACAGUCAUACCUCUGUUCUGGGCUGAAUAUCACCAAGAAGGUCUCCCAGCUAAAAUAAGAAGAGCAGUUUUCUUCACAAGAGUGAUUCUACCACCUCUAUCUAUAAUUAUAUCUACUUUAAUGGCCCUUCUUGGCGUCUACCUAUUAACCAAACAAAUAUACAGAAGUAAUUUAGAAAGUGACAUAUUAAAAACUAUUUUAAUAUUGAAAAGUAAAAACGCAACGAACAAUAAGGUUUUGGCCUUCGAAAAAGAAACCUUUUUGAAGGCUAGUUAAUUUUUUUUAAUAUUUUUUUUUUAUACGUUGUACUUACUUACUGUCUUUGAAUCGGUAUUUUUUAAGGUUCGUAUUUUUGCGAAUUUAAUAUUUGUGUGAGGACCGGUUUAUGCGUUUGUUUAACGACCGUUGCCAAUAUUUUAUCUAUGUAUCUGUUAAUUUGGUCACUAGAGAUAUAAUCCUAACGAAUAUUAUAAAUGUGAAAGUAGCUCUGUCUGUCUGUCCUUCACGCCUAAACUACUGAACCGAUUUGUGUGAAAUUUGGUACAGACAUAGGUUGAAACUUGAGUAAAGACAUGGAUAGUUUUUAUUCCAAAAAAAAUAUAAU